CUGAACGUAACUGCGCCAUCAUUGCGGGCCUAAGAAUCAGCGAGUGUCGGCGGAACAAGUUGUUCUUUGGCUGUCCUUACGGGCCAGUGUCUUUAAUUUUUCUUGAAAAGAAAUUUUAAACGAGAGCAGCGGUAGUUUAGAUGUCUUUGUAAGGUGAGCAUUGUCUCUGAGGACCAGCGGUGAAGUUUGUUGUCAUGGCGUCUCCAGGGGGACAAGGAGGAGGAGCUGUGUCCACAAGAGGAGGCAGCGGGGCCCGAAGGAUGAAGUGGGCCCUUGAGCUCAGUGUGGGAAACUCCAGGAGUCGCGGUGACCGACAAAGCGGCCAGGGAGAUGUUGUUUACCCCAUCGGCUACUCAGAGAAACCUGUUCCCGACACCAGCAUCCAGGAGACUGACAAGAACCUGGUGGAGAAGCGCUGCUGGGAUGUGGCCCUCGGGCCCCUAAAGCAGAUUCCCAUGAACUUGUUCAUCAUGUACAUGUCUGGCAACACCAUCUCCAUCUUCCCCAUCAUGAUGGUCUGCAUGAUGGCCUGGAGGCCCAUACAGGCUCUGAUGUCAAUGUCUGCGACCUUCAAGCUGUUGGAGAGCUCCAGCCAGCAGUGGCUCCAAGGGCUCGUCUACCUGAUCGGUAACCUUUUAGGAGCAGCGUUGGCCAUAUACAAGUGUCAGUCGAUGGGGCUGCUUCCAACGCACUCGUCUGAUUGGCUGGCUUUCAUAGAGCCGCCGCAGAGGAUGGAGAUCAUGGGCGGAGGGAUGGUGCUGUGAAGUGGACUCCUGCAGAGGUCACACACUGUACAUAUUCCACUCUUCUUCUCGCCACACCACCAGGCAGCCCAUCGCCGCGGAAACUAAAGCCUGACUUUUAGCCAUUUCCAGAUGCCAUCAGAUCCAGACUCGACCAUCAGUUAAAACAGACGUGUUCACUAAAACAGCAGCAAGGUGUGCAGCAGUUUAUCAUCAGGGAUUUCUCCACCAUGUACUUUAACAUCCCCUCUCUUUUGGCUUUGCUGCUGAACCAUUACUUUGGUCUUCCUCUCCGGAGAUACGCAUGUUUUUUAAUACUCUCGUGAAGAUAAUAAAGCCAGCGGACAAUCUUGUUGACUGCUGUUCAGCUACUGCCAUUUUCUGUCCAGAUAAAAUUAAUUUCAUGGUAGACAAUUAACGGGAGUAUUUUAUAGCUCACGGUUCAGAGACCCUAACAUCACUGAUAAAAUCCUUUAGUCCAGAUGAUUCCUGGAAUUGUAUGGCAGUCCGUUUAGCUUUUAUCUAAAAUUUAGUUCCAGUUUUGAUUUUCUAGUGAAAUGUUUCUGUUUGUCAACACGGUUUCAAUCUGCUGUCCAACAUCAUUAACAGUUUUAAUUUAUAGGUCUGUUUAAUUUAUGCUGAUUUGCUCAUGAAAAUGUUCUAUAAAUAAAUCCUUAUUGUUUGAAUUAAAAUGUUUUCAACUGUCAAUAAAUAUAUUGGAUGACAAAUAAGAUGAAUUUUUGCUUAUUGUUGGGUCAGAUAGCUUUUCUUGAUGUUACAUAUUUGAUAAAGCUGUCCUUUUGUUUUUAUUUCUUUAACAAAUGUUAACAUAUUUUUGUUAGACUGCAUUGUAUCAGGUAAAAGCUUCUCAAGUUAUCUUUGGGCUUUUUAGAUCUAACUGCAAUAAAUAUAUGGGCUUAUACUGUA